AACCAAUAUAUGACGUAUACCACAGGUGUGACAAAUUACCGAUUGAUUCAAUGUGAAGGACUGACUGUUAAAGAUGUAAACAUAGGGUUAAAUAUGAUUAAGACAAAAUAUAAGGAAUUAAGCUUUAAUUGGGAGACAUACUUAAAGAGAUAAUAAGAUGAUGGAUGACACGCCUGAAGUGGCUGAUGCGCUGGACAACGGCGGGGGGGAGAAGCGAAACAGCGCCGCCACCAUCGACCACACCGAGGUGCAUGUGGGCAUCACCAAGAAGCACGCGCCUGGCGUCUCAUCGGGCGCCCAGGGCUCUCAGUCCACCGUUAUCAGCACGGGUAACGCGGGGGAGCCCGGUGUGCGUUACUCGACCACGGAGAGCGGGCUCACCCAGGUUAUCGUGCAGAAGCCAAACCCAGAGGACAAGCCCAAAGACUUUGUGGUCACCUCGUGUUUUGUGAUACUCUUCUGCAACUUUCUAUGGGGUCUCGCGGGAUGGCACUUCGGAUUGAAAGCCAACAACGCAUGGCAAUUGGGAGACGAGGUCGAGUGUCGACGUCACGCGAAGAAGGCCAAGAUAUUUGUUAUACUUGGCGUCAUCACGGGAAUAAUUACAUACGUCCUGGUGUUGACGCUCCUCUACACGUUAUCACCGCUACGUCCAGGGGCGUAGCCCCUAACACAUGGCAAAGAUUGCUUGUAAUUGACAAAACAAGGUGCGAGUUUUUGCUACACGUAUUUUCAGAAUUAAAAUUCAAAACCUAGGAGCAGCUAAACUGUGGCGUACAUGUGUAUGUGUAUAGUGUGUGAGUUGAUAUGUUUUGGGAAUGGUGAAACAAAUGUUAAAUUAAUAGAGCGUCCGGUUAUCCAGGGGCUGUCGGCAACCCAUCGGGAUGUUAUGAUGGGCCUUUUAUCUGCUUAAUCGAAUUAACGUGAAGACAUACAAUUCUCUUCUGGACAUUAGACAUUUGUCUGAUGACAAAUGAUACUAUACAUUUUAGUUUGAGGAAAUUAAUUACUGGUUUAUAUGUAGGGUGUCUGCUUAUGUCGCCUAUUAGGUAUACAUGUACAGUAACAAUUAUGUCAACUUAUAAGCUGUCUGGUCAUCCUUUGAUCUACAAUGUAUGCUAUUCUUACCUUUGUUCUCAAAUACUUUGUUUGAAAGUUUUACUAAACAAUAUGAUCAAAUGCAUUCAUGGUAUGUUUGCAUAUAGCCAUGAUAAUUGAGCUUUUCUGAAUAUGUGUGCAUGAAAUAAGUCAGGUUUUGCGUUUAAGAUUUAGUAUGUAUGAUCUUAUUAGAUAGUCAAAUCUAAGGUGUGAGAGCGAAAAGGUUCUAACUGCUUCUAUAUUUAAUGUCAGUUAGAACCUUUUUACCCUCAACCCUUGUUAGGCUGUCCAUAUCAAAAAAUUUAAACAGUCCUACACAACUAGGAAAGGUGCUUUGAUUUCAUGACAUCAGGGAUUGUUCUUGUUUUGAAUGUGAAUGAAGUGCCUUACAAUUUUAAUGUAAUGCAAACACUGUAUAUUAAGUGUAUCAAGCCCAAAAUACUUUCCUAACUUAUAAAAAAGCAUGUUCAUUUUAUUUGUAUUGUAUUUAUAUAUCUAGUUUUCAGUUUCCAGAUACAAUAUUAUGUUAUACAUAUGAAUUGUGAUCAAAUUCACCUUUAUUGAUAUUAAGAUUGUAUUUCAUUAUUUGAUUUUUAUACUUUUUUAUUGCUUUCAACUGUAAGGUGUAGGGGUGGGGGGGGUAAUAAUGUACUCAAAGUUUAUUUUUAUGUCAAAGAAUAAGAUUUUGCUCAACUAACACUAAUUUUAAUCAAUAAGGGUGUUGUUUAACUAUGUUCUAGGUGUACCUGCUUGCUUUGUUAGUAAGUUAAAGCUGGACAAAUGUACAUACUAUACAGCAAGAAAUAUUGAGAGGGCUUUACAAUGCACUUUCUAGGCAUAAUAUUGUUGUAUUUGUUAUAUCCAUGAAAACUAUACAGAUGUGUUUAAGCUAUUUAUCAUUAUUAUUUAGUACACAAAAUGCAUGUCAUAUUUAUUAUUAUACAUACUUAUUAUACAGCUCAAUCAUGACCUGACUGUGUGCUAGGGUAUCGGGUUAUUGUAAGUACUGCUUUAAAUUUCAAGUCCAUUGUUUGUUAUAUUAUUCUGUGUGGUUCAUAUUUCAAAAUUUGGGUCAUUGUCAAAUAAAUAUAUCGAUAGCAUCAGUACAAACAAGGCUACUUAUCUUGUUAGUGCUUCUAUCUUUGAUUCAAACUAUUUAAUACCAGCUGAGUCAUGGCAAAUGUUUACAAAUAUCACUAUUUUGUUAAGUUCUAUAGUCCAACAAUACAUACUAGUAUAUUAUUGGCAAGUUGUUUUGUACUUUUAAUGGAAGUUUAUUUUUAUCAAUAAAUCUAUCUCAGAGGUCA